AUGGUUCUUGAAGCCAUCGGUAAACUGAAGUAUACUACAUCAGCCGGACAGGAUGGAAUUCCGGCGUGCGUUCUUAAGAAGUGUCGUACUCUUUUAGUGAAACCACUUACUCACAUCUUUAUCCGGUCCCUAGAACAGCAAAAAUUCCCCGACCUCUGGAAAAGAUCGUUUAUGAGCCCAGUUUAUAAAAAAGGUGAUAAGCUAAAUAUUCUCAACUACCGUGGUGUCACAUCACUAGCUGCCUGUUCGAAGAAACUGGCCCACGGAGAGGGCGUCGUCAGCGAUGCCUCCAUCGGAAUCAUGAACACCUUCGAUUACGGCUUAAGGGAUGCCCAGCAAACGUCCGGAAACUUGGUCAGAUUGACGUCGUCACGACGGAACCGAUAG